UUGUGCAAUUUUUCAGAAGUCUUGAGCCUUGAGUCAAAUAAGCUUGAGCUUGGUCUUGCAUUCCAUUUGAACCUAAAGAGACUUUGGAAAGAGGGCCUAAGGAAUAGGUCGGAUACAAAACUUAUCAAGAUGAUUUUCGUGAAUGGUGAACGGUUUGCCUCGUACGCACACCGCAUCGACCCGCACGAAAUCGGCGGCCUUCAAAUUCAGGGCGACGUCGAGCUGUCUGGCAUACAAAUCGUCGGCAACUGACC